AUGGGUAAACAACAAGACCCACCUACCUAUGUCUAUUUUCUCGCAAACUCUUCAUUUUAGUUCAACUUCUACCUACCAUACAACUUCACCUCUCUCUUCAUUCCCCCCUUACUUAACUCCACCCAAACGCCAUUUUAUCUCAUACCCACAUCAAAUUCCUAAUCAAAAUCGUUUACUAGUUACUAUUUCUACAUCUAAAAUGGCUAGCACUAAACUGGUGGCAGGAGACGAGCGUGCGGGUGCUGAAAUCGUGUACGGGGCAGAAGAAUGCUACCGCCACUCCAUAGAGCUCUUGGAGGAAUUGGGUUUCCCCAAGGGAGUUCUCCCUCUUCAAGACCUUGAAGAAUGCGGGAGAGUUAGAGAGACGGGAUUCGUGUGGAUGAAGCAAAAACAGCCUUACGAGCACUUUUUUGUCGAUACCAACACACGAGUGAGCUAUUCUAGAGAGGUAACUGCGUAUGUGGAGAAGAGGAAGAUGAAGAAAAUGACGGGUGUGAAGAGCAAACAGUUGUUGUUAUGGGUGCCAAUUACAGAGAUGAGCAUUGAUGAUCCAGCAAGCAAAAAGAUUCAUUUCAAGACUCCCAUGGGGAUUGGCAAGUCAUUUCCCAUCAUUGCUUUCAUGACUGAUGAGGAGAAACACAAGUAUUUGGAGAAUGCCAAUGAAUGAAUCAUUCACUACAUUUAUAUAUAUAU